AUGUCCGCUGACACUCGAGAGGAACAACUAGAGGAAAUAGAAGCAUUGAAGAGUGUGUAUGAUGAGUCUCAUGUGAUUGUUGAUGGCUACGACCCCAUUUGCGGAAGAAUAUCGGUGGAGAUGAAACCAUUCACAAAACCUCGCAAGCUGUUUGUCACUACAAAACAUGAUCAGCAUUCUUCUGAAAUUAUGACUUUGCCACCGGUGAAUAUCUGUUAUCGUUUGCCAUCUGAAUACCCACGUGUGAAACCUGACUUGGAUAUAGAGUGCGAAUGGAUGAGUGAAGAUCUGACAUCAAGAGUGAAACAUCGGCUUGAGGAAAUAUGUCAGGAAAAUGUUGGAAUGAGCGUUCUUUACUUUUGUUGUGAAGAAGUUGUAACUUUUGUGGAAAAGGCCGUCACUGCAUCGACUGAGAUUUGUCUGGAUGAUAUACCUUACGCCAAAAAGCAUAAUCUCACUAAUUUGGAAUUGCUCCGUCGAGUUAUCGAUUCUAGCGAGCUUUCUGAGAAUCGUCACUUUGAGACUGGUUGCUAUGAUUGCGAGAUUUGUUUUGAAAACAAAAUGGGACGUUACUGCGUACAGUUCAGACCAUGUAUGCACGUUUUCUGCAAAGACUGCGUAUCCAGCUUCUUCUCCGAACGACUGAGAAAUUCUGAGGUGAGGGCUCUGACUUGUCCAGCAGCAAAUUGUCCGUCCACCGCUUCGCAGAAAGUAGUGCGAUCUAUCAUUGGAGAGGAGGAAUACGAGAGAUACGAACGUAUUUUACUGGAUAGAGCUUUAGACCAGAUGACUGAUGUCGUGCCUUGCCCUCGAAAAUCUUGUCAGCAACCUGUUCUAGUUAGUGAACGGACACUCAACCUUGGUACUUGCCAGAAAUGUGGGCUGUCGUUUUGCGUAAUCUGCUUCCACGCUUAUCAUGGCGUUGAUGGCUGCGAUUUUAAGACAGUUGAUAAGCAAAGGAUUCUCAAGCAGUGGAAUGCGGUGAAGAGUGAAGAAGAACGAGCACUCAUGGCUCGCAAGUAUGGAGGCGUGAAAAAUUUGCAGAAACUUAUCGAUACUAUACUCAACGAGGGAUGGAUUGAUGGCAAUAGCAAGCCGUGUCCGCGAUGUCGUGUUAACAUUGAGAAAAACGAGGGCUGCAACAAAAUGCAGUGCACUAAAUGCGACGUGUAUUUCUGUUGGCUUUGCAACCGAAUCCUUGACAAGAACAAUCCGUACGCACACUUCAACGAAGAAGGAGGAGGAUGUACCAAUAGGCUAUUUGAAGGCAUCACUCUUUCUGAUGAUGAAGAUGAGGGUGGCAUCAACUGGCUGGAUUUAGUUCAUGACAGUGAUAGUGAAGAUGACAGUGAUGUUGAAAUAGUUUUUCAGCAUGAUAGUGACGAUUCCGACUAG